AUGGCCAACGAUUGGAUAACCAAUGGCUCUAACCUACAGCCCAGUGACUACAAGAAGCUGAACCGAUAUCUAAUGCCGCCAAACAAUGUCAGUAUUGUCGGCGACCAGACUAUUGUCAUGACCGACGACGAGACCAUCAGCUCAGAGACGCCGCUAAUGAAUGGCAUUUAUUUUACAUCAUUUACAUCUAAUACCCAUAAUAACGGGAGGACAACACUGCAACACAAAACCCAGAGUACACCCCUGUCUACACCGUUGAGUACACCGGUCUGAUAGAUGUGGUGGACAUCGCAUACCAUUGUCUGGGAUGUGAUGCACACUGUCUUCCAAUAGAAACGAAGAAAAAAAUUAAAUUUAAAUAAAAAGUGAAAAAUAUAUACGAGUUUUCGUCGAAAACACAUUUUUCUCUUCGUUUGUGUUUCCCAUUGACUAUAAAAAUACACGAUUUGUGCCAAAAGAAAAUCAUCG